GUAGGCAAGUUGGAGACUUGACGGCCGAUUGUUUUGUUAAAACCUUUCGUCCCUCAACAGGCGUUUGAGAAAACGUAAAGAUGGCGGACGCUGACGGAAUCGAGCGGGGCCCGAGUGCUACACCUGAGGACUUCGUCAAGGCAUUGGAAAAAAGAGAGAUGACACGGCUUCAGGUGCCUAAGGUUAACAUUUUUCACUUCAACGAGGAUAGAGUGUCCGAGUGGCUUGAGUUGCUGGAGCAGGUCACUAGCGAGGCGUCAGAAGCAGACAAAUUCAAGUUGAUGCCUAGGUAUGUAUGGUGGGAGCUUAGACCUGAGGUAAUGAAGGUAGCGGUCGGUGCAAAUGGUGAGUGGGCAAAGUUUAAAGAGGAGAUGCAGAGACGUUUCAAGUUAGGUGACGUCCUGCUCACCAAAGAAGACCUGGAAAUGUUGAGACGGGACAAGUUCUCCACAGUGGGGGCCUUCGCCACGACGUUUGAGAAAAUGACAAAAAAAGUCCCAGGGUUGGCAGAAGAGGAGCAGUGUGCCACUUUCCUAGGGCACUUCAAAAACUGGGAGGGCUCGUCGCUAACUAAGAAGGCGGCGCCAGGAAAGAAACUCACUUGGGCUCCCAUAAAGGAAGGCGUAAUGGACGGAGAACUGGACCAGGUAGACAUCUUCCAGAUGAGGGAGGCUAGGAAGAAAAGGAAGGCUUUGGAUGCCACCACAAGUGAUGGACGUGAUUUCAAGAAAAUGAUAGAGGACGCGGUGGCCCAGCUCGACGCAGAAAAGGAGGCAAAAAGGAAAACCAUGGCAGCGCCACAGACCGUAGGGAAAGCGAAAAAGGCAGUAGUGCAAGAAGAAGAAGAAGAGGAAGAGGAAGAGGAGCCCGAGCCUCAGAAGCUGACUGAGGCUCAGAGGAAAGCAAGGAACUUGGCUCAAGGGGGCCAAGGCUCGGGGAGGGGACAUGUCCCGCAGGCUAUGGCAAUGCCCCCUCCUGAGUCGUCCCAUCAAGCUGCACCAGCACCCUAUGGGCCGUGGCUAGGUGGGCACAGGAGUACGGACACGACGUACCUCAAGAUAGCAGAAUUGUACUUUUGGGAUGGCAUGGGCAAGAUGAUUGACGACUAUUGUAAAUCAUGUGUGCCAUGUCAGGAGCGAUCUUCCCUCAGACCUAGGGAACCGCUUCACCCAAGAUACGUACGUGAGGUCGGAGCAGUCGUACACCUGGACCUACUAGCGAUGCCGCAGGGGAUAGGAGGAUUCAACUUUAUUUUCGAUGCGCGCGAUAACUUCUCAGGGUUCGUGGAUGAAAGGGUCAUUCGUACUAAGACUGGUGAGACGUUGGCACACUGCAUCAAAGAGUAUUACCUCCGAUAUCCCUUUGUCUCCAGAUUUGUCAUGGAUAGGGGGUCCGAAUUCACCUAUGCAGAGGUAAAGGCGCUUCUACUAAGAUAUGGGGUGAUUGUUGAGUACACUACUGCAACGCAUCCCGAAGCAAAUGCGCCGGUGGAAAGAGGACAUAGUACCAUCUCGAACCUUCUCGCAAAGUGGACUAGUGGGAGACCGAAUCAGUGGCCAGAUUUUCUGAGGGUCGCAUUCUUCGUGGACAACAUCACAGUCAGGAGGAGCACCGGUUACGCUCCAGCCACAUUAUGGUAUGGGAGACAUGCGACGUUCCCUAUUGAAAGCUUCCUAAGAACUUGGAGGCGGCAGAACCUCGAAACGGAGUUGACGUUUGAGGAACUGCUGGACUUAAGGGCACGUCAGAUUGGCACCAUAGAAGACCAUAUUGAGGGCGCGGCAAAUAGGCUGGCUGGUAAUCGGGCUCAGGACAAGUACAGGUGGGAUCAGAUGGCCAGGGUAAGGAAGGAGCCUCUCAAGGUGGGUGACAUUGUGCUGUUAUAUGAUUCAUCCCUGGAGAAGCAGUGGUCACGAAAGUUGGACAAGCGGUGGUUGGGACCCUACAAGGUCGCAAAAGUUGGAGAGUAUGGCGCAUAUCAGAUUGAAGAGCUGAAUGGGACCGCUUGGAGGGACUGGGUGUCUGGCUCGAGGUUGAAGAAGUUUGUCGCUCGAGAUGAGCCAGUUCAGAGGCAGGGGGAUCAGCCCAUGGCAGAGGCAGGGCCAGAGGGACGUGGGUCGCCAAGGCAAGAGGUGGAUGAGGAUCAGGCUGCCAGAGAAAAGGAAUUGGAGAGACAAGAAAGGGCCGCCAGAGACCGAGAGAUUGGCGCAGAGAUCAGGAGGAAGAACCUCGAGGAACUGUACAAGAGGAUGGAACAAGAAGAGCGGUCAGUGGUUGUGAAGAACAAGAAGGGAAAGAGUACCGGCAGCGAACUAGAAGACGACCCUCCCCUAAUCUCUGAGGCGUGGGCGAACUUCGACAGGUUGAUGGGAGCUGCAAGAGGAUCUGAGGGGCCACAACAGGAGAUGGGGGUGAAGUUGGUCUACGCAGACUUGCUCACCCUGAGAGGGACGAUGAAGGAAGGAUUCGCAGCAGCUCGGGCGUUAGAUCAGAGGGUUGGAGAAAGGUUGACCAAGGUGGCAUAAAAGGCCUAUGGUCAGAGGGUGGAAUGGGAACAGGAGAUUAGGGAGUUGAAGGCGAACCAGGAGAGGCAAGAGCGGGAAUUGAACGCGCUGAAGAUGGAGCUAGAGAAGGCCUGGGCAGACAAUGAGACGAUCAGACAGGUAAACCAGACCCUCAACAAAGUUAAUGAGGCUCA